GGGGCGCGGUCCCAAGGGUGGAGUCCACCGCGGCUGAGCUCCAGGAACAUUAAACUAUCUGCAUACUUGUCAGUUCAUCUGGAUUCGUCGGUCCUGAGGCUCAUCUCCGGUCCUGCUCUUUUGGAAAACUAGUUCAACCGAUCUGUUCAGGGAGAGACGGGGACGCCGAGUCGGGAAGAUGAUGGUAUCGGAUACGCUGCGGUCGGGAACGAUUCGGGUCGGGAACGCGGAGGACACCUCGCUAGCGCUGCCGUCUGACAAGAGCCUGAGCUCAGGGCAGCAGCGCGUGCUGACUCAGGUUCACAGCAUUAAACGGAGCAAGUCCAAACAAAGCAGCAACGGAGCGUCUCCUACAAGCCCGAACCCAACAUCUCUACCAAACUAUAAUGAGUUUGGAACCUUCAGGUUUAAAAGUAAUGGCGUUUUCACUCGCAACAGCUCCAUGAUGACAUCAGGCUACACCAAAGGGAUGAAGAGUCGCAGUCUGUCUACUAAAGAAAAACACAUCAGCACAUCAGCUAACAUAUCCAUGUUGCCAAAGAAACCCAAUGGGCUGAAAUCCAGCAUCAGUGACCCUGCUUUGGCUCCUUUCUCUCCUGCUCUGGCAUCGACCACGAGCUUGAAAGGACAAUAUCCCCUUGGAGCUAAUAAAAGCUCCUCUUCCAUUGCAAAUGGCACGAUUCACAUCAGCCAGACGUGCAUCACUCAGCCCAGGCAGUUUCAAAGUGAGGAACAGAUGAAGACAUCCAGAUUAGAGCAGGAAUCUAUGGUAAACUCAGUAAAGAGCUCAUCGGAUAUGACCCUACCAUUAGCUGUAAAAUACCUGAGUAUGUCAGAUGAGAACUGUCAGCUGAGUGGAGCCAAAUUCAUCCAGCAUGCCACCUACACUGAUGAGGGUGCCAAAACAGAGGUACUUCAGCUUGAUGGCAUUGCACAACUGGUGACCCUGCUGGAAAACCCCAACCCAAAGUUGAAUCAAGCGGCUGCCGGGGCUCUGAGGAACCUUGUCUUCAAAAACCAGGACAACAAAUUGAAAGUUCAAGAGUGUGCUGGUAUUGGCAAGGCUUUGCAGCUUCUACAGAAAACAAAUUCUGUGGAAACCCAAAGACAAAUCACUGGCCUCCUGUGGAACCUGUCUUCUGAUGAUAAGAUGAAGAAUGAAUUAACAAAAAUAGCGCUGCCCUCCCUGACAAAACAUGUGAUUGUGCCGUACACCACUGGGUCAGACAGCAACGGCGUCAAGCAUGUAGACCAGACGGUCUUCCUCUACGCCACAAGUGUCAUGAGGAACUUGAGCAGCAGCUCGGAUGAAAAUCGUCAGGAAAUGAGAGCUUGCCCUGGCUUCAUUGACUCACUCUUUAGUUACAUUGAUUCGUGCGUGGCAGAGGAAAAAUAUGAUGAAAAGGCUUUGGAAAACUGUGCAGCAGUUUUUCAGAACUUGACCUACAAACUGGAGAGGUGUCAAGAGAGCACCUAUAACCCUCCAAGAGGGGUCGAUGAGGAAAAUGCAAAGGGCAAGAAAAGUUCUACAGUUGGAUGUUUCAGCCCUAGGAGCAGCAAAGUUCAAGCAAAGCAAUCUCUUAAGUCACCUCAAGAAUCAUCAAAGCAGGAAAAGCCAUCAGGAGUAAACUUGUUAUUCCAUGACGAAGCCAUCAGACACUGCUUGACAUUAAUAGAGUUUUCCAAGAACAGAGCGACUCAAGAGGCGUGCUGUGGUACCCUGCAAAACAUCAGUGCUGGAGGAGGAAUUGGGUCCAGCACUGUGAGCCAGAUUUUCUCAGACAAGGGGAAGAUCACCUAUUUCUUGCCUUCUAUGUUGAGUUCAGAGAAUAAAACCCUUCAGGCGAGUGCUGUGGCCAUGAUGAGUAAUGUGUCUCGCAUCAGCGGUUUGCAGCCCAUCAUAACAAAGGAGAUGAUGUUUGCGCUGUCUAAACUUAUCACGUCUGGUGUUGAGGAAAUGGGAAACUCCGAUCAAACAGUUACAGGAGUUUGCAGCACAAUGAACAGGCUGAUGCUGGCAGACAGCGAGGGUAGCAAGAAGGUCAUCAAUCCAGAGCUGGUUCAAGCUAUAACAUCCAUCAGCCUCAAUGAGAAUUUUGUAAAAGGAAGCAAGGCAGCCUCACUGCUGCUGUAUAGCAUGUGGAAAGAAACCAAUUUGCAAAGCUUUUUGAAAAAGCAAGGAAUGAAUAAAGAUCAGUUUGUGAAUGACAGAACCAAAGAAGUAAACAACGAAUUGGUUGAAAAUACAAGCAAUAACAAGUAGAGUGAUUGAAAAUAAAUGACAUCCCUGAGAGAAGGAAACCAAGCGUAAUUAGAGAGAACUGUGGCCACACCCUUUAAAACAGCUCCAACGAUACCCUUGUUGAAAGAGCCUAUUAAUUACGACUUUGGCAUACUUGGUAUGUGUAUAUAUACAAAUGAGUUAAAAUUUCACGUUAUGUAUGUAUUACAUUUGAAAAUUGUGCUGUUUGUACAAAAGUGAGUGUUACUUUGGUUAAGUGUGAGUGUUUGUGUAAUCCAGCUCCUGCAGAUUGUAUGACACAUUGCCCCUGUUGUGAGAAUUCAGUGUUAUUAGCAGUGAGACGUUACUUUCAAACACAUUUGAAUGCAUUCACUGUUAAAUGUGUCUGCUUGAAGUGGCUGGAAGAUAAAAAUCCUACCAGUGCCAUUCUGAACUGAAUAGUCCAAAAGUUGCAGCAGGAGUUUAUGAAAAGGAAGAAAAUAAAGUGUGAACAAAUGGAAAAUCAGCUGAUCUUAAAAAAAUCUUUGUUCCUUUUGAUAAUGUUGAAAAGACAUAAUUUAAAAUGUGUUUUGCUUUAAUCACAAAUGCUUGUUUAUUCAGAGGUUAAUGGAUAUUUGUGGUAUUAUUUUGUAGCGUAUUUUUUUUAUAACUAUAGUCUUUUUUUUUAAAGAAAAA